AUGAACACUUCUUUACUCGCGAACAAGACACUGCCCGGUAUGGAGACUUCCAAAAAGCCUGCUCCAGAUACGAUACGUACCGGAAAAGAACUCGAAGAGAAAGUCAGAGAGAAUCCUCAGCAUGUCGAAGACCUUGGUUCAUCUACAGUGCAUAGCUCAGACAAUAACGAUGAUACACGAAUGACAUUCCGACGUUUCAUGGCUAUCAUUUCAAUUGGAAUUUGCUUCUUCUCGUGCAUUUGGUCGGUUUUCGCAAUAUCCAAUCUAAUCACCGUCAUCAACGAAGAUCUAGGUAUGAAUAGACGUCCUGACUCUCUAUGUUCUCAUGGCUUACGUUGUCUCUCUAGGCCCUCUGAAUCUUAUACCAGGAUGGCUACGGCGCAAGUCCUGGCUGGCGGAAUCCCGAGUGUUGCUUUGGGCCGUCUCAGCGAUAUAUAUGGACGUCGUCUUUUCAUCCUAAUUGGAGCCGUUCUUGGGAUACUUGGUGCUGCGAUAUGUGCCAACGCUAAAUCGGUACCUAUGUUCAUUGGAGGUAGCGCAGUUCUUGGCAUCAUCUACUCUUUCUACAGUCUGUCUUGGGCUGCAAUUGGGGAGCUUGUGGAGAAGAAGCACCGACCCGUAGUUUUUGGAAUAAUGGAGGCGUCUGCUGGAUUGGCCGGCACAUUUGGACCCGUCAUUGGAAUAUCGUUCGGCGGUCUCCAAUAUCCUUGGAAAAGUGCCACCGUUAUCUCUAUGAUCGUUGUAGGAGGGGUCUUACUGAUCGUGUUUGGCCUCUAUGGGGCGUACGCUAAAAUUCCCUACCCGAUACCGCCCUCCGCUCUCUUCACCAAUGGAAGAAACUACCUGAUGGUCACUGCAGCUACCACGAUGUACGGAAUGGCCUACUUUUCAACAGUAGUACUGCUUCCUCAGGAGGUUUGCUAUCUGUUUACUAGAAAUACGGCCACCAUUGGUUGGUAUUCUAGUGCAGCAGGUAUAGGUGGACUUCUAUUCAGCCCUAUUGCGGGGUACAUUUUGCAGAAAACGGGCCACACUAAAUGGUUUCUAACGGUGUGUUUGGCGGGCAUUGUACUUGGCACUGGUAUUGGAGCCCUUGUCGCUACCGACUCUUACGUUGCUACCGUGGCUGGAGCUGUCCUUGUCAGUGCCUUUUCCUCCGCUACAGGAAUGGUCACAGCGACAAUGGUCCAGGUCAUUCUCCCAAAUUCCUACAUUGGCAUAGCCACUGCCUUCUUUAAUACCUGCCGUUCGGUCGGCGGAGCGGUUGCCACAACCGUGUACAGCACAAUUCUGAAUAACUACAUCAAGGAACACGAGGGCGUCAACAUCGCUGAGGCCGCCGUCCACGCAGGACUCAACAUUCAAUACGUCCCUGUGCUUGCGGAAGCACUCGCGGCCUAGAACCAAACCGCUCUAGCGUUAACUCCGGGUGUGACUACUCUCAUCAUUGAGGUGUCCGCCGCUGCUAUUCUAGAGACGCUAGUCAAGGGCUUCCGUCUUGUACUCUAUACUAGCCUUGCUUUAUGCACUAAGAGUGUAGAUCAAUACAUGACCAAAGAUAUCGAUGUUGGGAUUGAACGGAAAGGGCCUUUGACACACGAAUCAAAACAUGAAGCUGGAUUGGCUGCAUGAAGGGUGACAUCUUUUCGGAGAGGCUGCCUUGAAUCGCGUAAGCGAGGUAGGGUCUUUUCAGACCGUCAUGCGUAGUCGCCCUCAGACAAAUUAAAAACCCUCCUUAAUGCUUCGC